UUGCCAAGUUGUGUUUAAUAUGAGUUGCCGCUAAUCAUCUCACCCUACCGAGUUUGGAACAGUGCAGCUUUCCCUGCCGUGAGGCCGCCGGACUUGAUAUCCCCACGGGCCUUGGCCCCUGCGGACGAGGGAACGUCUCCACGCGCCCGACCGGCGGGGAAACCGGGGUCCGGAGGGCAGCGGCAGAGAUUGGGCAUCUCUGGGGCAUCUCACCGUCCACUCCUCCCGCCCCGUGGGAACGGGCCUGCUUCCUGCCGCGGGCGCGGAGAAGAGCGGAGGAGAGGAGGGGACGGAGCCAACAGAACCAGAUGGAGUCCAUCUCUUUGAACCCUGGACUUGUCUGGCUCUUUCUCCUCCUCUUCCUGCUCCCAACUGUGAUGGUUACUGCCCUGUGCUUGUGCUGUCGUGACCUUCCAGACUCGCCCUCGGAGUCGGUUUCAAGAGUCAACACCAACUCCCAGAACAGCAGUGGUUUGGUCAUCCUCAAACGCAGCCCAUACAACCCUUCUCCCUGGUCUGUGGUAUCCCAUCCGCCCGUGAGCCAUCCAGAUCUGCUCCCGGUCCCUAGGUCCCCGCAGAAUCUGGUGGGGUCACUCCAGAAUCUCUCUGUCCAGCCGGAGCCAGACAAUGACAGCGUGCCCAGCUAUGAGAACGAGAGCCCCCUCACUGAGGCAAAGGAAAAUAAGGAUGAAGAUGGAUAUCUCGAGGUGCUCCCAGAAGGCUCCCCCAUCCCCAUGUCUUUGCCCCCGCCGUCCCCUGCUCUCCCAUCCAGCAGCAUGGGCCCCCGGGACAGCGCAUCAUCCAUGGUGUCUGAGGAGUACGAGAAUGUUCCUGAGACGCCAGGAGAAUCUCUGGGCGGGAGUUCCGAGUAUGUGAACGUCCCGGAGGCCCAGGGAAAAGAGAUGCCUUUAGCCCACGUGGGUUUGAGUGACUGUGAGAGCGAGGAGGAGAGACCAGAUUAUGAGAACCUGCAGGAGCGGAAUAAACCCCCCCGGGGUUGAAACCUAACAAGCUCCAGCGACCAUCCUCCCCCAACCAAUCUGGGGCUCCGUGCCGGAGGCCAGCCUGAGACCAGCCCCAGACCAGUCCAAGGGCAGCCUGAGAUCAGCCUGAGGUCAGCCCGAGGAGGCCAGCCUGAGACCCCCACAACCAGGGCUUGGGCCCUCCUUCCUGAAAGCAGCCUGAGAAUCAGCCCCCAGGGCUCCAGCCUCUUAAGUUAUUGCAAAUUUGGCCAAGACUCUUGCUUCCCCAGCCCCUUAACACCCUCCCCUCCACCCUUGUCUGUCUGUCUCUCCCGAACCUCCAUGGACUGACACUCUGCACCUUCGCCUGACGUAUCCUGAGAACCCUUCUGGCAAGGGAGAAGGUCUUCCCUUCCCUGUUUGUAGCUGAAUAAAGUCGGACACUUGCGGAG